AUGGCUAAUCACAAAAAUAUCUUCUUUCUAUGUUUCUUAAUAGGUUUAGGGGUAUGUUCUGCAAGACGAGCACUUCUCACCUCCUCUGAGUCCGAGGCUGAAGUCGCUGGCUAUGGCGAGAAAAGUGGUUUGAAUGUUGGUUAUGGUGGUAAUGUUGGUGUUGGUGGUGGUGUUGGUGGUGGAGGGGGAGAAGGAGGUGGUGCUGGUUACGGAGGAGCUGGUGUUAUUGGUGGAGGUGGAGGCGGUGCACAUGGUGGUGGUGCUGCUUACGGAGGAGCUGGUGGCAUUGGUGGAGGUGGAGGCGGUGGACAUGGUGGUGGUGCUGGCGGAGGUGGCGGUGGUGGUCCUGGAGGAGGAUCUGGUUAUGGAGGUGGAAGCGGUGAAGGUGGUGGGGCUGGAUACGGAGGAGCUGGUGGUCAUGGUGGAGGUGCAGGAAGUGGAGGAGGCGGUGGUGGAGGAGCUGGUGGUGCACAUGGCGGGUAUGGUGGUGGAGAAGGCGGUGGUGCUGGAGGAGGAUUUGGAGGUGGAGGUGCUGGUGGACAUGUAGGUGGUGGAGGUGGUGGAAGUGGCGGCGGCGGAGGAGGAGGUUCUGGUGCGAGAGGUGCUCAUGGUGGUGGUUAUGGAGCCGGAGGAGGAGCUGGAGAGGGAUACGGUGGUGGUGCUGGUGCUGGAGGGCAUGGUGGUGGAGGCGGAGGUGGUGGUGGUUCUGGAGGUGGAGGUGGAGGCGGUGGAGGUUAUGCUGCUGCUUCCGGAUCUGGUUACGGAGGCGGUGCUGGUGGCGGAGAAGGCGGUGGUGUCUAUGCACCGUGA